GUUCCGACACCAACAAUAAAUUGAGCGUUUCAGAUUAGGUUACUCUCUCUCACUCUCUCUCUGUCUGUCUCUCACACUCUCGUUUGCGGCUAGGGUUUUUCUCUCUCGCUUUCAUAGAUCUAUACACAUAACUGUUCCUAUAUCUAAACCCCGAUGGAGCUCUUGUUAAGCUAGGGUUUUGUCGUACAAUCCCAGAAGCUUAUAAGCUUUUCGUUGUCGGGUUGGGUCUGUAUUCGUAUCUGCAAAGGAAAUGGCGACCAUGAACCCAUUUGAUCUGCUGGGAGACGAGGACGCCGAGGACCCGUCGCAGCUGAUCCAGAAGGCAGCAGCCGCCGCCCCGGCUUUGCCCAAGAAGCCGGCUCCGGCGGUUCAAGCCAAGCCGGCCGCCGAGCAGCAGCAGACCAAGCCGCCGCCUAAGCUUCCCUCCAAGCCUCUCCCCCCAGCUCAAGCUGUGAGGGAGGCAAGGAAUGAAGGUGGCCGUGGAGGAGGUCGUGGAGGUGGAGGUGGAGGUGGCGGUGGACGUGGAUAUGGCCGUGGACGUGGUGGUGGUGGUGGUGGAUUUAAUCGUGACUCUGCUAACAACGAGAACUCAUUCAGCACCAGUGGAGUUCCUGCUGCUCAAGGUGCCACUGAGGAAGGAGAUUCUGGGAAGGCUGGUGAAAGGCGUAGCUAUGGUGGACCUCGUGGUCCUUACCGUGGUGGUCGCCGUGGUGGUUUCAGUAAUGGAGAAGUUGGUGAUGGGGAUGGGGAACGCCCUCGAAGGGCAUAUGAACGCCGUAGUGGGACUGGGCGCGGAAAUGAGAUCAAAAGGGAAGGGUCUGGCCGUGGGAACUGGGGAAGUCAGACCGAUGAAAUUGCUCAGGUGACUGAAGAAGCUGCCGAUGAAACUGAGAAGAAUGUUGUGGGUGAUGAAAAGCCAGUGGUAGAGGAAGAUGCACCAGAUAGCAACAAGGAGAAUCCUGCUAAUGAAACUGAAGAAAAAGAACCCGAGGAUAAGGAGAUGACUUUGGAGGAGUAUGAGAAAGUGCUGGAAGAGAAGAGGAAGGCCCUGCUGGCACUUAAGACUGAGGAAAGAAAGGUGGAUACUAAAGAGUUCGAAUCCAUGCAACAGCUUUCAAACAAGAAGGGCGGUGAUGAUAUCUUUAUCAAAUUGGGAUCUGAUAAGGAUAAGCGGCGGGAGGCUUUUGAGAAGGAAGAGAGGGCCAAAAAGUCUCUCAGCAUUAAUGAGUUCCUGAAGCCAGCUGAAGGAGAAAGGUACUACAACCCAGGUGGUCGUGGUCGGGGACGUGGUCGUGGUUCGAGAGGAGGGUUUGGUGGGUUUGGUGGCCAUGCAUCAAGCAAUGUUACAGCCCCAUCUAUUCAAGAUCCUAGUCAGUUCCCAACCUUAGGUGCCAAGUGAAGUUUCUCCAGGCACCCAAUUACAGAUCUCGAUGCUUUUCAUUUUUGGGUUCUUUCCUUUCAUCUCUAUCAGGAAAAUGACUAGAAUAAUUGGAUUUCCUGUAUUAGAAGGAUUUUUUUAAAAAAAUUUUAUGCCUUAAGAUGUAAAUUUAAUGGUGUCUUCAUAUGUC